GCCGCCGCGAAAGAGGACACAAUAGCCGAGGAGGAGAAGAAAGAGGGAGACUGACUCCUCCUCCUGGCCCGCCUCGCCUCGAGCCUGGCAGCACGGCAGAAUUCAGCCCAGCUCCCCGCAGCGUGGCGCUCCCGCUUUGCUUGCCAGAGCUGGAGAAAGGAGACGCGAGAUCGCCGCUGCCUCCACCGCCCCCCACCCUGCCGUGCCCGCCCCAUGCCCGGCUCGCCCACCGACGCCCGCUAGCCGCUGCGCCCAUCCAUGGCGCGGCCCGUGGUGCUGCUGCGCUACUGCUCCGCGGUGCUGCUGGUGGCGUGGUGGGGCGCCCGCGCCAGCCCGAGCCCUCCCCCCGCCGGCGCCCCAUUGCAGGACGAGGCGGACAACCAAGAGAACAUCCUCUCACAGUUGCUAGGUGACUAUGACAAGGUGAAGGCAGUGUCGGAAGGCACAAACUGUCAGUGCAAGUGUGUUGUGAGGCCCCUGGGCAGAGGUGCCUGCCAGAGGAUUAAUGAAGGAGCUUCUAAACCAGAGGAUUUUUACACGGUGGAAACCAUCACUUCCGGACCAGAAUGCAAAUGUUCAUGUGUGGCUCCACCGUCUGCUCUGAACCCCUGCGAGGGAGACUUCAGGCUGAAGAAACUGCAAGAAGCAGACAGCAAAGACUUUAAGUUGGCAGCUGUUAUUGAGAUGCUAGAAGGUGCUUUCUAUGGCUUAGAUUUGCUCAAGCUGCACUCGGUCACAACAAAGCUGGUGGGUCGAGUGGAAAAACUGGAAGAGAAAGUGUCUAGGAACUUCACCAAAGACAAUAAACAGAAGCGAGAGAAUGCGGAUGGCAUUUUGCACGAGUCGGAUAUUAAAGGCAAGAAUAAUUCUUCCAGCAGCAUCUCAAAUGACCUUGCUGACAUCCAGAGUUCAUUACAGAGGGAUGCUGCAGCAGCCUACAUGCUCACUGAGGGAAAAUAUGAUGAAGUCUUCCUGCAUGAUGAUGUGGUUUCUGAGCAAAUCAGCUUUGAGUCCUUGCACCACACCCCUCCAGCUCCAGACGAAGUUAAGCCAGAGUCAGUGAUGACAAGGAAACUCCAUGUGAGGAGCCGGCCUCCAUCCCGGCCCACCAUCAUCCGAGGAGUCACUUAUUAUAAGGCCAAAGAUGCCAAGACAGAAAAUGACCUUGACGACCAAGAUGAGCUUUUUAGUGGUGAGAAUGCAAUCGAUUUGCUGAUUGAAGACCAGCUUUUGCAACACAACUACUUGCCCAAUAUCCCAACGAAGAAGCCGUCAUCCAUGGAAGGGCAGCGUGUACCCCCGACUGUUGAUCUCAUGAAGGGACAUGUUUCGCACAGCACUCUUACUGUGAAAGGAGCCCCUGCAACCACUGCCACGGCAACCUUGCUACCCCUGUCAUCUACCAUCAGUCCUCCUCCUUCUGAACCCAUACCAACGUCUACCUCAUCACCUCUUCCUACUGCCAGUGUUGGCUUUUUGACCACUCCGGAGCCCACAACAGAGAGUACCAGCCGGGCCAUGACAUCAGUAGCUCAGGCUGCCACAGAGGCUCCCAAGACCACAGCAACCCAGAAUGCCACUACCACAAGGCUACCCAAGUUCAGGGUAGCCACGGCCAAUUUCCAAACACAGGCAACCGCUGAGCUCCAUUCAACGGCCACAACUAAAGCUGUUAUUCCAGCCCCCGCCAAGCGCAGCCUCACAGCCACGCCAAAACAGACCCUUGAUGAGGAGGAUAUCAGAAACAGCAUUGGUCAAUGCAAAGACACCCUGUCAACCAUCUCUGGGCCCAUGAUCCAAAAUACGUAUGGUCGGAAUGAAGGCGCUUGGAUGAAGGAUCCACUUGCCAAAGAUGAGCGAAUUUACGUAACCAACUAUUACUAUGGCAACACCCUGGUGGAGUUCCGGAACCUAGACAGCUUUAAACAAGGCCGAUGGAGUAAUUCAUACAAGUUGCCCUACAGUUGGAUGGGGACAGGUCAUGCAGUUUAUAAUGGUGCCCUUUACUACAACCGAGCCUUUACCCGGAACCUCAUCAAGUAUGACCUGAAGCAGCGCUAUGUGGCUGCCUGGUCCAUGUUGCACGAUGUUGCUUAUGAGGAGGAGACCCCAUGGCGGUGGCGUGGCCAUUCUGAUGUGGAUUUUGCAGUAGAUGAGAAUGGCCUAUGGAUCAUUUACCCAGCCAUUAAUUAUGACGGCUUCAGCCAGGAGGUGAUUGUCCUCAGCAAACUCAAUGCCAUUGACCUGAGCACUAGGAAGGAGACCACCUGGAGGACAGGCCUGCGCAAGAACUUCUAUGGCAACUCCUUCGUCAUUUGUGGUGUCCUCUAUGCUGUUGACAGCUAUAACAAGAAGAAUGCAAAUAUCUCAUAUGCGUUUGACACGCACACCAAUACCCAGAUCAUCCCACGCCUGCUGUUUGAGAAUGAAUACUCCUACACCACUCAGAUAGACUAUAACCCUAAGGACCGGCUCCUUUAUGCUUGGGACAACGGCCACCAGGUCACUUACAAUGUCAUUUUUGCUUACUGAGGACACAACCGGGAUAAUUUUAAUAGGCCACUAGCACCUUCUUAUAAAUAUUUUUUUAUUGUACAAAUCAGAGUAAAUGUGGAAUUUUCCCAUUUAAAAAUAUGUGGAUUGUAGAUCAAUCCACAUGUCAAAGUCAACCUUUUUAUUUUUGACAUGACAUAACCUAACUUCUGAUUUUUAUACUGAAUAUGCUGCCUCCCGAAGGAGCAUGGAAAAUCUUAAUUAGCAACCUACCAAGUGCAGACCCUCAAUGGAAGAAAACCAACCUUCUCCCCUUUUAUUGUAACAAAAGACGUAGACUUUGGAUGAGAAAACAAACACAAAGAUUUUUAUAAAAUAUCAGUGUUAAAAUAAAGUAAAAUCAGAGUUCUUUUAUUAAGUAUUUCCAUUCUUCCCAAGUGCUCAUGUUUCCUUGUUACUUAUCACUUUUUUUCUCUCUGGCCAUAUUGCCUAGUGCAAUCUCUAAAUAUUAAAGGGCUCUAUCCAAAUUGC